CUCUUAUCUGACUUGAACAUGUUUUUUAAGGAAAUGUCAUCAUUUCUUCUUCACUUAAUCAUAUGUGGUGUUUACUUUCCAUCCUUUAUCUCUUCAUCAGCUUCAUGUGUUUAUGUCUAACGUCAGUCUCUCCUCUCUGACAGGAUGCUGCUAGCAGUAACCACCCUGACCUGCUUCAUCAUGUGACUGACAGAUAAAGCAAACUGUCAUCAUGCAGAUGGAUUUUUUUGGACACAGUUACAGCAGUAUUAUGUGAAUUAGACACUUUCUCAUCAUAAAACCUCCAUUUCUCAUUCUCUUAAUGCUCCGAAGCUGUUCCUUACAAUCAGAGUUAAUAUUUUUUAGGAGAAACACAUCCUGCUGUGUGUUUGUCUCUGUGGAUUAUAGGACUCAUCCCCACCUGCUGUUAACAUGUGAUCUGUAUGUGGAUAUAUUAUCUGUGACAGAAAAUCCACGUUCAUACAGAUACAAAUGCAACAGAAACAGCUAUUGCAGACUCAAAGUAAUGUGAGGAUGUUGAAGAAAUGGCUGAUAUCUUAAAAUCUGUGACUUUGCCCUUUAGUCUGCAGGUUACUAGUGGCAUCAGUUCUGAGAAGAGGCUGAGUGUGUUUCCGUGUUGAUGAGGAGAUAAAAGAUGAAGCAACAUUUUAUUAGCGGAAGAGAGCUGACGAGUCCGUCAGACAGAGACAGACGGUCUACCUGGUCAUGGAUCACCUGCUGAUGGUGUUGGUGUUGCUGUGGAGUUCAGGACUCCAGGCUGAAGAUAAACACCAACCAACAGGUUCUCAGUGUGAAAGCACAGCCAAGGCUGACAUCGGGCUGGCGUUGGUCUACAGAUACGAGAACAUCAGCCGUAGAGACUACAGAAACAUGAAGUCCUUUCUAACUAAGAUAGUCAGCUACUUCGACAUCGGCCCUGACAAAGUCCAGAUCGGUCUGGUUCAGGGCAGUGAAUACCCAAAGACUGAAUGGCAGCUGAACACCCACCAGACCAAACAAUCCCUGCUGGAGGCCAUAAACCACCUGCCACAGAGAAGAGGAGACUCCUCAGGAGAUGAUCUGGGCUACACCCUAGGUAGGCUCUUUAAACCCAAAGCAGGAAUACGUGCAGACUCCCAAAGAAUUGCUGUCCUGAUUACUGAUGAAGAGUCCUCCUACGGCAUAGACCCAGGCGCGUAUGACCUGAAAAACAUCGGCAUUGAGAUCUACAUUAUUGCUGUAAACAAAGGUCAGCUGAGGGACAUCACCUCAGAUCCCGAAGAAACUCACGUGUUCAGAGUCAGCAACUCCUCGUUCCUCCUGGACAUCGUUGACAACGUCACCAUCAACCUCUGUAACAGUGCCAACAGCUUAGAGUCUGUCAGGUUGGUGGGAGGAGCCAGUCGCUGUGCAGGUACACUGGAGGUGAAACUGGGAGAGUGGAGACCAGUGGGUGACUCUUACUGGACCAUGAAGGAAGCAGCUGUAAUCUGCAGAGUUCUGGACUGUGGCUCUGCUGUUUCAACAGGAAUCAGAAAUGAGCCCUCAGACAGAUCUGUAUGGUGGAUCAAUCAUAACUGUGUUCAGUCUGGAUCUUCACUGAGGGACUGUGUAUUAUCAUCACGUUUCUCUUCCUCCAUCAUAGAGCUCACCUGCUCAGACUCUGUCAGGCUGGUGAAUGGGAUUAGUCCGUGUUCAGGCAGACUGGAGGAAUCAGAAAUGAGCCCUCAGACAGAUCUGUAUGGAGGAUCAAUCAUGACUGUGUUCAGUCUGGAUCUUCACUGA